CCUUUUGCCAUGGAAGACGAAGAAAUUAUGGAAUGUAUCCAGGAAUUCCCUGAACACUAUAAAGUUAUUUUGGAUAGACUGAAUGAACAACGUGAACAGGACCAGUUUACAGAUAUCACGCUGAUUGUUGAUGGUCACCAUUUCAAAGCUCAUAAGGCCGUUCUUGCUGCCUGUAGCCAGUUCUUCUACAAAUUCUUCCAAGAUUUCACUCAGGAGCCCUUGGUGGAGAUUGAAGGUGUAAGUAACAUGGCAUUUCGUCACCUAAUUGAGUUCACCUAUACAGCAAAACUAAUGGUCCAAGGUGAGGAAGAAGCAAAUGAUGUUUGGAAAGCAGCUGAGUAUCUACAGAUGUUAGAAGCGAUCAAAGCACUUGAAAUCAGGAACAAAGAGAAUUCAUCACCCUUAGAAUCAAAUCAAAGGCAAGGUAAAAAUAAGGCAAAAAAGAGGAAGAUUGCUGAAACAUCUAAUGUUAUCACAGAAACACUGCCAUCUGCAGAAUCAGAGCCUGUUGAAAUUGAGGUUGAGAUUGCUGAAGGAACGAUUGAAGUGGAAGAUGACAGCAUUGAAACACUUGAAGUAGCUUCUGCAGAGCAAUCUAUAAAGUACAUACAUACAACAGGUACAUCAGAUGAAUCUGCUUUGGCUCUUUUGGCAGAUAUCACCAGUAAGUAUCGUCAAGGAGAGACAAAAUGCCAGAUUCAAGAAGGUGGUAGUGCAACUGAUCCCUCGUGCAAACAGGUAGAAGAUAUUGAAAUUGUGGAACUUCAGCUGUCACAUGUGAAGAAUUUAUUCCACUGUGAAAAAUGUAACCGUUCAUUUAAAUUGUUUUACCAUUUUAAGGAACACAUGAAAACACACUCUGCUGAGAGUUACAAGUGUGACAUAUGCAGUAAAAGGUACCUACGAGAGAGUGCUUUGAAACAACACCUCACCUGUCACCACCUUGAUGAAGGUGGUGCUAGCAAGAAGCAAAGACCUGGCAAGAAAAUACAUAUAUGCCAAUACUGUGAUAAGCAGUUUGAUCACUUUGGACAUUUUAAAGAGCACCUCCGAAAGCACACAGGUGAAAAGCCAUUUGAAUGUCCAAACUGCCAUGAGCAUUUUGCUAGGAAUAGUACACUCAAAUGUCACCUGACGGCCUGUCAGUCUGGAGCUGGAGCUAAAAAGGGAAGAAAGAAGCUGUAUGAAUGUCAGGUUUGUAACAGCAUGUUUAACAGCUGGGAUCAAUUUAAAAAUCAUUUGGUAAUACACACUGGUGACAAACCCAACCACUGUACCUUAUGUGAUUUGUGGUUUAUGCAAGGCAGUGAGCUGAGAAGGCAUCUCAAAGACAUGCACAAUAUUUCAGAACGAAUAGUGACAGAAGAGAUUCUUCCAGUGGAAGCUAUGGAAGCGGAACCAGUAACGUCAAUGACAAUAAUAGAACAAGUGGAGCAAGUCCAUGUCCUACCAGUAAUUCAGGUACAAGUGGAUCCUGCACAGGUAACUGUGGAACAGAUGCACCAGGAUCUCGUACAGGACAAUCAAGUGAAAGGCACACAGAUGGAGGAACUGCAAGAACAGGUGCAAAUUAGUUAUUUAGAAGUUGAACACAUUCAGACUGAACAAGGUGCUGAAGUUCAUGUGGAGCAAUUACAUGUUGGGCAUGUAAAUCGAAUACAGAUGGAAGAAGUACAGGCAGAACUUAUAGAUGGAACAAACCUUGAACAAGUAGAAUACAAAAGUGUUGAUCAAAGAGAAGCAGAAGAAAAUGAAACUAGUCAAGUAGAUGAUACAGAUAUGGAAGAUCAUGAACAAGCUGAAGACUUAAAAACUCAACAAUUAGUGGACACACAGAAUGAAAAGGUGGAUAACUAGGACAAAUAA